ACAGCAGCAACACAGUGAGAAUCCAAUCCAUCGAAUUCGAAUCCAUAUUUUUGUUCAAUUUCUAAUGUAUUUGCUGUGAAAUGUGACUAUUAAAACAAUUUCACGAUGCCUCGAGCCCUACCUUUAAGAAUAUCGAUAAGAGACUGUUUAAUUUUAGUACUUUUAGUUAUAUUUAAUACAAUCCACAUAACCGAUAUGGCUAGCAACAAUAACAUGGACACACCCAGCAAGGAGAAGUCGAAAGAAUCGAGCCAUAAAAACGUAAACAACAAUAAUAAAGUUGAAGAUCUGAAGAACUGUCCGUCAGCCACUGACGGGAACAUUCCAGAGUGCAACACCCUGCACUACCCCUGCGUGUCCUGCAACAGGACAUUUGACUGCAGAUAUGGGGCCACUGACAACUACUCCUGCUAUGUGAGCCCCAAAGUUGUUUGCAAUGGUGCAAAGACAUUCAGCAGAGCAGCAAUGUGCAGGUUCUGCUACCAGACAGAGAAGUGGGAGCACCGCUGUGAACAGAAGGCCAACUGCAACUCACUUGCCUCACCUAUGAACUUUUAUAAGACAAACUGCACAGUAUCUGAUGACAUCAUCUGCCUCGGGGAGAGGAAAUUCCUGAAGAAGAUCCGCUGCUCGUGGACCGGGGGCACUCGGUGGGGCACCGCCCUGAUCUUGGCACUGACCCUGGGCGGCUUCGGAGCUGACCGGUUCUACCUGGGCCACUGGCAGGAGGGCAUAGGGAAACUCUUCAGCUUCGGAGGUCUUGGUGUGUGGACACUAGUUGACGCUCUCCUCAUUGGUAUUCAUCAUUUAGGUCCAGCUGAUGGCUCUGUUUAUAUUUGAGUGGGUAGUAUUAUAAUUAUUGUGCUAGUUAAUUGUGGUUUAGUUCAGUGUUAUUUAAUUUAAGUAAUAAAUGUAUGUUAUAACUGUGA